AUGCCGGCCACCAACCAGGGCUGGCCCGAAGACUUCGGCUUCCGGCUGGGCGGCUCGGGCCCCUGCUUCGUCCUGGAGGUGACAGAAGGGAGCAGCGCACACGCCGGGGGUCUGCGGCCCGGGGACCAGAUCCUGGAGGUGGAGGGGCUGGCCGUGGGUGGCCUGAGCCGUGAGCGCCUUGUGCGCCUGGCCCGGCGCUGCCCGCGAGUGCCGCCCAGCCUCGGCGUGCUCCCCGGGCCCGAGGGGGACCCAGGCGCCGGAUCUGGCCAUGCGUCCCCGACCCCAGCCCUGCGGCCCCCGCGCCCCGGCCGAGGCCUCUCCCUGGGCCGCGAGCUGCUGCGCCUAGCCCGCCGGAGGCGCCCGGAGGCGGUGCACCGGGAGCGCAGGCGCAAGGCCCAGGAGUUCAGCCGCAAGGUGGAUGAGAUCCUGGGGGACCAGCCAACUGCCAAGGAACAAGUGUUUGCCGCCCUGAAGCAGUUUGCAGCCGAGCAGCGGGUGGAUGACCUGGUGUGGGCGCUGACCCUGGAGCUGCCCCACGACGCCCGCACACCCCUCCUGGACAACCUCAGGAUCUUCAUCCCCAAGAAGCACCGGGCGCGCUUCGACGAAGUGGUGUCACAGGGUCUGCUGGGCAAGUUGUGCCGCGCUCGGCGGGCGCAAGGCGCGCAGGGGCUGCGCCGGAGCCGCAGCGAGGAGCGGCCGGAGCGCCUCCUGGUGUCCACUCGCGCCAGCGCGGCCCCGCGCCGCCCGGACGAGCCGCCACCGCGCAAGGCUGCCUCUCUGCUGGGCGGCCGUGCGGGCCCAGGGGGCACGCGCAGGACAGUACGAGUCUACAAGGGCAACAAGAGCUUCGGCUUCACGCUGCGCGGUCACGGGCCUGUCUGGAUCGAGUCUGUCCUGCCUGGGAGCCCGGCUGACAAUGCAUCCCUCAAGUCAGGAGACCGGAUCCUCUUCCUCAAUGGACUGGACAUGAGGAACUGCUCCCAUGACAAGGUGGUGUCCAUGCUUCAAGGCAGUGGCGCGAUGCCCACACUGGUGGUGGAGGAGGGGCUCGUCCCAUUUGCCAGCGACUCCGAUUCCUUGGAUUCCCCCAACCCAUCCUCGGCGCUCACCUCCUUGCAGUGGGUAGCAGAGAUCCUGCCCUCCAGCAUCCGGGUGCAGGGGAGGACUUUCAGCCAGCAGCUGGAGCACCUCCUCACGCCUCCCGAGCGCUAUGGGAUCUGCCGGGCCCUGGAGAGCUUCUUCCAGCACAGGAACAUUGACACCCUCAUCGUGGACAUCUACCCGGUGCUGGACACGCCGGCCAAGCAAGUUCUCUGGCAGUUCAUCUACCAGCUGCUGACUUACGAGGAGCAGGAACUCUGCCAGGAGAAAAUCGCGUGCUUCCUGGGCUACACGGCCAUGACAGCAGAGCCAGAGCCCGAGCUGGACCUGGAGCCGGAGCUAGAGCCGGAGCCCGAGCCGGUGCCUGAGCUGCAGCGGCGCAGCUCACUGAGGGCUUCGUCCAUGUGCCGCCGCAGCCUCCGGUCCCAGGGCCUGGAGGCCAGCCUCAGUUGCGGUCCCGGCGACUGCCCCGAGAUGCCUCUUCCUCUAAUUCCAGGCGAGCGCCAGGCGGGCGAUGGCACGUCCCUCCCUGAGACCCCCAACCCUAAGAUGAUGUCAGCCGUCUAUGCAGAGCUCGAGUCCCGGCUGAACAGCAGCUUCAAAGGGAAGGUGGGGACCACGUCCAGAUCCCGUGCCUCCCCACCAGUGCCCAGCCCGGCAGGCCCAGCAGGGCCCAGGACCCUGUCCAGCAUCUCAUGGCCCAGCGAGCGACUCCUGCCCUCCCCCUGCUACUACCCACUGUGUUCAGGGGGCCUGGCCUCCCCCAGCAGCUCUGAGUCCCACCCCUACGCCAGCCUGGACAGCAGCAGGGCACCCUCCCCACAGCCAGACCCUGGGCCCAUCCGCUCCGACAGCCCCCCAAGCCCGGACCCUGCCCGCCCGCCCAGCCGUAGGAAGCUCUUCACCUUCUCCCGCCCUGUGCAAAGCCGGGAUACUGACCGCUUCCUGGAUGUGCUGAGUGAGCAGCUGGGCCCCCGGGUCACUGUCGUGGAUGACUUCCUGAGCCCUGAGAAUGAUUAUGAGGAGAUGAGCUUCCACGAUGACCAGGGAAGCUUUGUGACCAAUGAGCGGAGCAGCGCUAGUGAGUGCAUCAGCAGCAGUGAGGAGGGCAGCUCCCUGACCUACUCCUCCAUCUCCGACCACAUCCCCCCACCCCCACUCAGCCCCCCGCCUCCACCACCUCUGCCCUUCCAUGACCCAAAGCCCAGCUCCCGCACCCCUGAUGGUCCCCGGGGCCCUUCUCAGACACUGGCCAAGCCCCUCACCCAACUCAGCCACCCUGUCCCUCCACCGCCCCCACCACCCCUGCCCCCACCGGUGCCCUGUGCACCCCCCAUGCUGUCCCGGGGCCUGGGCCACCGGCGAAGUGAAACCAGUCACAUGAGCGUCAAGCGCCUGCGGUGGGAGCAGGUGGAGAACUCGGAAGGCACCAUCUGGGGUCAGCUCGGGGAAGAUUCUGACUAUGACAAGCUGAGCGACAUGGUGAAAUAUCUUGAUUUGGAGCUCCAUUUUGGCACCCAGAAACCUACUAAGCCAAUGCCUGGGCCUGAGCCCUUCAGGAAAAAAGAGGUGGUGGAGAUCCUGUCUCACAAGAAGGCCUACAACACCUCCAUCCUGCUGGCUCACCUGAAGCUGAGCCCGGCGGAGCUGCGGCAGGUGCUCAUGAGCAUGGAGCCCCGGCGCCUGGAGCCCGCGCACCUGGCGCAGCUGCUGCUCUUCGCGCCCGACGCCGACGAGGAGCAGCGCUACCAGGCCUUCCGCGAGGCGCCCGGCCGCCUCAGCGAGCCCGACCAAUUCGUCCUGCAGAUGCUCUCGGUUCCCGAAUACAAAACCCGCUUGCGAAGCCUGCACUUCCAAGCCACCCUGCAAGAGAAGACGGAGGAGAUCCGGGGCAGCCUGGAGUGCUUGCGCCAGGCCUCCCUUGAGCUCAGGAACAGCCGGAAGCUCGCCAAGAUCUUGGAGUUUGUGUUGGCCAUGGGCAACUAUCUCAAUGACGGACAGCCCAAAACCAACAAGACCACCGGCUUCAAGAUCAACUUCCUGACAGAGCUGAACUCCACCAAGACUGUGGACGGGAAGUCCACCUUCCUGCACAUCCUUGCCAAAUCACUGAGCCAGCACUUUCCAGAACUCCUGGGCUUUGCUCAGGACCUGCCCACUGUGCCCCUGGCUGCCAAAGUGAACCAACGGGCCCUGACCAGUGAUCUGGCUGACCUCCAUGGCACCAUCAGUGAGAUACAGGCUGCUUGCCAGAGCAUGUGCUCCUCCAGUGAGGACAAGUUUGCUGUGGUCAUGACGUCCUUCCUAGAGACGGCCCAGCCGGUGUUGCGGGCCCUGGAUGGGCUGCAGCGCGAGGCCAUGGAGGAGCUGGGCAGGGCGCUGGCCUUCUUCGGCGAGGACUCCAAAGCCACCACCUCUGAGGCCUUCUUUGGCAUCUUCGCAGAGUUCAUGAGCAAGUUCGAGCGAGCACUCAGUGACCUGGAGGCUGGGGAUGGCCCACGCAGCUCGGGGAUGGUUUCACCCCUGGCCUGGUGA